UCUGUCUACUUUGUCUUUUUGUCCUUGUAGCAUUGGAGUUUCAGAAUUGUAUUAUUUCUGUUAUAUGUAAUUUGGAGCAAUUAAUGAACAAAUUCAGUUUAUGAGUGCUAGGGUAAAAAAUCAUGUUUAGUGCAAAAUAUAACAAACUUAUUAUUUACAAAAUGUGUUCCUGAAAAUAAUGCCCUGUGUAUAUUGCACUAGAUAUGUUUUCUGUUAAAUAUGUAUUAGUGUUUCGUAUCACCUGUCCAUGCACCAACUACUUUGCUUAACUCUGAGCAUUCCAGGUUUAGUCUAGAAAUCGUAACAUUUACUAGAAUACCAUGAAUCAGCGAUAAAUUCUUAAUUAUAUUUCCAAAGUGACCCUCUCAGUUUUUCCAAUUUAUUUCGGUGCAAUGUAUAUUGGAAAAUGUGAUGCGGAGAAAGAAGCUUCUUAAAAGAGCUCAUGCCUACUUACUCAACAGAAAAAUCUCACGUGUGUGAGCUAGGUAAAAGUCAUUUAGACAGAAGCCUCAAUUAAACUUGCAUUUCCUUCUAAAUGUAGGUUUAUAUAAUCGUAAUGUGAGAUAAGUAAUUAAUCAUGUGCUGAUAACUCGAGUUUCUAAAUCUAUAUGCCUAUUCAGAUAAAAGAGAAGCCUUGUGUAUGCCGUGUGUAACAAGUCAUUAAAUUAAAGACUUAUUUAAAUAAUAUACAUAUUGACACAGGAAAGAAACCUCAUGUAUGAGGUAUGUAGCAAGUCAUUCAUAUAGUUAGACAAGCAUCCGCAUUUCUCCUGCAUAUACCAGGAGAAAAAAUCACAUGUGUAAGGUAUGUAAGAAUUCAUUUGGACAAAAGAGCACCUUAAUGAUGAAUAUGUUUAUUCAUGCAGGAAUGAAACCUUAUGCGUGUGAGAUAUGUAAUAAGUCAUUUUGUUACAAAUAUACUUUGAACAGGCAUAUGCUUCUUCACACAGGAGAGAAACCUCAUGCGUGUGAGGUAUGUAACAAGAAAUUUACUCGAAAAGGUCAUCUAAACGAACAUAAACUUAUUCACACAGGAGAGAAACCUCAUGUGUGUGACUUCUGUAACAAGUCCUUUGCUUAUAAACGUGAUUUAAAUGAACAUGCACUUAUUCACACUGGCAAGACGCCUCAUGUGUGUGAAGUAUGUAACAAGUCAUUUCUUCGAAAGCGUUGUUUAAACAAACAUAUACUUAUUCACACAGGAGAGAAACCUCAUGUGUGUGAAGUAUGUAAAAAAUUAUUUACUCGAAAAUCUCAUUUAAACAGACAUAUACUUACUCACAUCGGAAAGAAACCUCAUGCAUUUGAUGUAUGUAAGAAGUCAUUUACUCAAGAUCAUUUAAACAACCAUCUGCUUAUUCACACAAGAGAGAAACCUCAUGUUUGUGAGGUGUGUAAGAAGGCAUUUACUGAAAGAAGUAAAUUAAAUGAGCAUAUACUUAUUCACACCGGAGAGAAACCUCAUGUGUGUAAGGUAUGUAACAAGUCAUUUACUCGAAAAGGUCAUUUAAACGAACAUAAAAUUCUUCACACAGGAGAGAAACAUCAUGUGUGUGAGGUAUGUGGUAAGUCAUUUGCUUACAGACGUACUUUAAGGAACCAUAUGUUUAUUCACACAGGAGAAAAACCCUAUGUGUGUGAGAUAUGUAGUAUGUCAUUUGCUUCCAGACAUAGUUUAAGCAACCAUAUACGUAUUCAUACAGGAGAGAAACCUCAUGUGUGUGAGGUAUGUAAUAGGUCAUUUACUCAAAAAGUUCAUUUAAACGACCAUAUACUUAUUCACACAGGAGAAAAACAUUAUGUGUGUGAGAUAUGUAGUAAGUCAUUUACUUACAGAAGUAGUUUAAGAAACCAUAUACUUAUUCACACUGGAGAGAAACCUCAUGUGUGUGAGGUAUGUAAUAAGUCCUUUGGUCAAAAAUCUAAUUUAAAAAAGCAUAUACUUAUUCACAUUGGAGAAAAACCUCAUGUGUGAGGUAUGUAACAAGUCAUAUACUCAAAAAGAUCAUUUAAACAAACGUCUGCUUAAUCACACACGAGAGAAACUUCAUGUGUGUGAGAUAUGUAAUAAGUAAUUUACUCAAAAAUGUAGUCUUGAAAAGAAUAUACUAAUUCAUACCCAAGAGGAAUUUCAUGAGUACAUGUAUAACAUAUCAAUUAGAUGAUCAAAAAAUUGAGACACAUAUGUCUACACAUAAUAGAAGACUAGUGUCUUUUGUGGAAAUGCUAUAUAAAAACCUUUAUUUAUCUGUGCAGUAAUGACUUGUCCGUGGUAUAAAGGAAUGUCUUUGAUGUGUU